AGUUACUUGGCGACGUGUACCGGUUUGUCUGUGCAAACCAUCUCACCUUUCCUGGAGAAAAAUAAACACAUUGAACCCUAAUCAAACCUUUCACCUCAGAAGCAUGGGAGGAUCGCAGAGCGUGGAGAUACCGGGUGGUGGUUCUGAGGGCUACCAUGUUCUUCGAGUUCAGGAGAACUCGCCGGGACACCGGGCGGGGCUGGAGCCGUUCUUCGACUUCAUCGUGUCAAUAAACAACACGAGACUGAAUAAGGACAACGACACGCUGAAGGACCUGUUGAAGGCCAGCGUGGAGAAGCCAGUGCGAAUGCUGGUCUACUCCUCCAAGACCCUGGAGCUGAGGGAAGCCUCCGUCACCCCUAGCAACAUGUGGGGGGGCCAGGGCUUGCUGGGGGUCUCGAUUAGGUUCUGCAGCUUCGAGGGAGCCAAUGAAAAUGUCUGGCACGUGCUGGAUGUUGAGCCCAACUCUCCUGCGGCGCUGGCGGGCCUGCGGCCGCACACAGACUACAUCAUAGGGGCCGACACGGUCAUGAAUGAGUCAGAGGACCUGUUCUCUCUGAUCGAGACCCACGAGGGGAAGGGCCUGAAGCUGUAUGUUUACAACACGGACACGGACAACUGCAGAGAGGUGGUCAUCACUCCCAACGGGGCCUGGGGCGGAGAGGGAAGCCUUGGCUGCGGGAUUGGCUACGGAUAUCUCCACAGGAUCCCCACCCGGCCCUUCGAGGAGGGCAAGAAGAUCAGUUUCCACGGCAACACUCCCAGCGAGCCCUCCAGUCCGCUGAAGGACGGGUUCACCGAGGUGCAGCUCUCUGCAGUCUCGCCCCCGCCCGUCUCGGCAGCCCUCCCUGCCGGGCUACAGGAUUCGCUGGCAGGCCUGUCCAUCAGCUCAGCCCCGCCCACCCUCCCCUCAGAGCUCCAGACUGGACCCCCCCCCCCCCCCCCCCUCCCCAGCUCCUCGGCCGGCCCCGCCCUCGCCCCCCUGCCGGCGUUUAACCCCCCCGCCACCACGCUGCCAGGUUUGAUGCCGCUGCCGGCUAACCUGGCCAACCUCAACCUGGCGUUCCCGGACCUCAGCGCCAUGUCCCUGGCCGGGCUGGGGGCCCUACCACCCCCCACUGGAGCGCUAGCGUUCCCUCCCCUGGGGUCCCUCCCUCCCCUGAGCUUCCCGGGCCUGCCCCCGCUGCCCCCGCUGCCCGCCCUCCCGAUGCUUCCGUCCCAGCUCGGCCCGCUCCUGCCCCAGGGGGCCACCGGACCCCCCAUGUUCACCCCCCCGCCAGCCGCCGUGUGUCCCGCGCCCCCCGCCGUCUCUUCGCCCGCUGAGGAUUGCUCGGCGGCCGCCAGAGAAACGCUACCGACAGACAACAGGGAAACACCGGAGCGCGCCGGAACGCCAUCGUCGUAACGGUGAAGGAGAAGGACCGUGGAACCAAAACACACCCCAGAUUCUGUCUUCAGUGGACCUCUUUCUUUAACCUAAUCUCUCCCUCUCUAUUUAUUGGUUAAGGGGGUGACAGUGCAGCUCGGUGUCACAUGUGCUAACGGCUAACGUAGCCACAGAGCCCCCCCCUCCAAGGUCGCAGGGCGUGUGGGGGGAGCAGGCAGGCGGACGCCUGGUUCCAUCCGGGCCUCCCUUCCCCCUGGAGCUAACCGUAGCUAGCGCUAAUGCAAGGAGGAAAGGACAUGGCUUCGCCAAGGUAGCGAGGAAUCCCAUUUCCUCGUAUGACAAUCCUUUGGUUUCAUCUGGGCUUUCUUUUGUUUAACUUAAAUGUUUCAAUUCACUACUAGUGGGUAGACCCUUGACCAAUAGAUUCUGGCAUUUAUUAACCUAUUUCUUAGAUUUUUUGUGUGCUCUUUCCACACCAUGAAUGAUUCUGCAUUAUUUUGCACCGCAUGUGUAUGAAAUUGUUAAGACAUGUCUGUCCAUUCUUAUUUUUGUUGUCUUUGUAAACUUUGAGAAGGCUACGAUAGCCUUCCGAAGCCUGAGAGUAACUGCCAAAAAAAAGCAGCAGUUAGAAGGAAGGACCGGUGGCAGGUUACACUAGUGCCUAGUGACUAG